UAGAGGGCGAAAACGAUGGCAAAAUGGGGAAAUGAGGAUUUAGUGAAAGAUGAGAUCCUCCAACACCUUCCUGUGAAAUCUCUGAUUCGAUUCAAGUCGGUAUCCAAACAAUGGAGAUCGAUGAUCGAAUCUACCUAUUUCGUUAGAAAACAUUUGGUUUGUCCUUUCUCAAACCCGAAAAUUGUUGUUGGAUCAAGGACUCAUGAUGACGACAACUCGCUAACUAUUCUUCUAGAGACUUUUUCAAGAGAUCAUCAAGGCGAAAUCGACACACAAAUCAGUCGUUCUCCUUGCUCUUACAUUUUUCAUGGUCCAAGAACAGUGGGUCCAACUAUAACCAUAUGUAAAGUUAUAGGGUCUUGUGACGGUUUGGUCUGCAUCCAAGAGUUAAGGAAUCGGAAAAAUUUAGAACCAAGUGUAUACAUAAUCAACCCCGCGACAAGAGAGCACCGGAAACUUUAUCCAACGCAGUUGCAACACGUUCCAGAUUUUAUGCCUCUAUUGCUAUUUUGCAUUGGAUUUGGGAAAGACAUAGUAACAGGAACAUACAAAACGAUAAAUAUAAAUUGCUACAAACGUCUCGAUGAACAUGCUAUGCUUCUCAAGACCUCGGUUUUGAACCUCGACAAUGGCAGCGAACAAAGACAGAUUGGUGUUUUCCCUGUUUCCAACAUGGAAAUUUCUAAUGAGCAAACAUCAGUCUUUGCAAAUGGAUCCGUCUUUUGGUUGACACAACGUUAUCACAAGUCAUCAUCAAAAACGCCUAUUAAGUUAGUAGCGUUGGAUCUUCACACUGAAACCUUUAGUAGAGUAUCUUGGCCGAGUUGGUAUGACGAACAACAUAGUCACAAAAUGAGAUUAUGUAGUUUGAAAGAUCGUUUAUGUCUAUCGAACGUGCUACAAUACCCGGAUGUGGAUGUAUGGUCAUUGAAGAUGGAAGACUCAAUUGAGAAAUGGGAGUAGAUCUUUUCCAUUAAUGUCACAAGUAUUGGUCGGUUAGCUACAAAGUUUUGGAUGAUCGGUUUAGAAGCUGCAAAAUUUAGGCCUAAAGAAGGAAAUAUUGAUGUGGACCAAAUCCCGUUCCAUAGUUCGACAACCGCUUUGUAUACCGAUACCUUAGUUUCUCCUUAUCAAGAGAUCUAAUUAAGUUUAAUUCGAUUUAAUGUUGUUGCUUUUUCUUUUCGUUGAUUACUCUAGAUUAAAGAUAAAUGGCUUUUAUAUAAGUAUAACAUCGAUCACAUUAACAAUAUAAAGUCGUUUUUUUGUUUUUCCCUCUUCUUCUUCAAUGUAUGAUACAACUAUAAUUAAUAAAGAAGUCGUUUGAGAUUUCAGAGCAUGCAUAAAAGUUUUGUAAUGGUAUAUAACUCAUUCUGAUUACCAUAGU